AUUUUUUUUCUUAUAAAAACCUCUGAAAUUUCCCUACACCAGAAAAAAUAUUCACAAUUCUAACAUCAAUUUAAUAAAUUAUAAAUUCAUAAAUACGUUACGUUACUCAAGAUAAAGUUAUGAAUAAUAAUAAUACUUCACAAAAUAAUUUUCGUAAUCAUAUUUACGACAAUACUAAUCUAUCGCAAAUAGAGAAUAAAACAUUUACAUCAGUCGCGCAUAGCAAUAACGUUACGAUUUCUGAUCAACAACUCAUGCCCAAUGUCACUUCAAACAACAACUAUGCUAACUAUGCUAACUCCGCUAUUUCUCCCGAUCAUAAUCAUCGACAAUAUGACGCAUCAAACAAUAUUCCUCGUCAUAACUGUCAACCAUCUAUGACCAAUAACUCAUCGCUUCCGCAAUUCUAUCCACAGUAUAUUAAUCAAAAUCCACAAAAUCCGCCUCAAUCCAAUACCAUUCUUUCGCUUAAUUCACUUAACAUAACUAUUAAUUCGCCUCAAAUUAACAUUUUUAUUAUUCCAGCAACCAAUCCAGAUAUUAAUAUUAGACUUGAAUCAUUCAAUAACUAACUCG